AUGAAGCCUUCAAUGCGUCUGCUGAACACGUGCCGGGUCACGCUGUUUACGAGACCAAAUUGUUCGUUGUGCGACGACGCCAAAGUCGUGCUAUCCAAGGUCUGGGACGUACGACCGUUCGACUACCAGGAGAUCAACGUGAUGGCGCCCGGUCAAGAAGAAUGGAAGAAUGUUUAUGAGUUCGAUACUCCUGUUGUUCAUGUUGAUAAAGCAUUCCGGUGCCAGACGACUACCUUUUCCCUCAAGACCAUGCACAAAAUCAUGCCUGAUCAAAUCCACCAAUUGAUGGAUAAAGUCGAAAAGGGCGGCUCUUAA